AGUCUCUUGGUCUUGUUGAUAUAAGGUCUAUGCUCAACUCGAGAUUGAACCGUUGCCUGUUCGCUCUAUCUUUACGUGCUUCUGGCCUUCUGCUGCUCCCUGCUGCUCCCUUCAGUUCCUUCUACAGUCGCUGCGACUGAUCCGAGUGGGAAUAUAGUGUUGACAAAGGACAUAAAUGAAAUUAAAAACCUAAGAUUUUGCAUAAAAUGUGAUAUCCCAUAAGGAAUAAGAAUACGAUACCUUUUGGAAUAUAAUUGUAAGGAAAUAUGGCUGAAGAAAGUAAGAAAAUUUCCUUUGGUUUUGCAAAGUCUAUAAAGAAGCCAAUUUUGGAUAAGCAGAAGCUGCACGAGGAGAAAAAAGUGGAUUAUAUUGAAUGUCUAGAUGAAAAGGCGAUUAAAGUAAUCGGGAAAGAAGAGAAAAAAGAAGAGCCUCUUAUUAUUCCACUAUUGGAAUCUAAUACCUGGCGCGAUAGAAUUAUUAGCAAAAUAGAUGCUUCAAAGUCGAAAACAAGUAACGAUGCGACACAGGGUGUCAAGAUUAAACAAGAGCCAAACCAAGUAUCAAAUGGCGAUUUAACGUCAGCUGAUAAAGCUAUUUCUCUCUUGAACGUACAAGUAAAAACGGAAUUGCCCACCGAGAGUAAAACCCUCACCUUGGAUGAGCAGGCAGCCAAGGAGAUCAUAGAAGACCUCAAAUCGACAGAAAUAAAUCACGACGAAUCGCACGAUAUAACUUUAUCCGUAGUUAAGGGACAGGAUUUAAACGGCGCGGAAGAAAGUACGUUAGAAGAUUACGAAAAGGUGCCACUCAAUAUCUUUGGUUCAGCUAUGUUACGAGGUAUGGGAUGGAAACCUGGCGAAGGAAUCGGUAAAAAUCCAAAACUCGUAACAUCUGUUGUACCUGAAUUACGGCCAAUGGGGAUGGGACUUGGUGCAGAUAAGAUAGCGUUGCAAAAACAGGUUGGAAAAACUCCCAAGGAAGAGGAAGAAUUGCAGAUAAAGAAAGGGAGUUUUAUAAAAAUCAUUGCUGGCAAGCGUUCCAACGCGUAUGGCCAAAUAGAAGGCUUUGACGAUGCGGGAAGAUUAAUCGUGAAAAUGGCACUCAAUGGAAAUAUCGUCUCUGUGAACGAGUGUAUAGUUCAAGUAGUAACAAAGGCUGAAUAUUCGAAAAAUUCCAAAGUUCUAAAUGCUGCCAAGUAUGAAGAACAUAAGAAAAAGGAAGGUGCGAACAAACGGAGAUCCGUAUCGCUGGACAAAUUUAGUAAUAACGAUAGCAGCGAUUCAGACGUGUCCGAUAGGAAAAGAAGGCACAGAGAGAACGAGCAUGGACAUCGAUCGAGGAAAUCGAGUAAAAAAUCGAAAACCCAACCAAGGGAUUUAUCCGACAGCGAGAGUGACAGUGACAAUAAGAGGAGAAAUCGAAGGCGCUCCAGUAGUAACGAUAGGAUUAGAAAGGCAAAGAAAUCCAAGAAAUACAAAGGAAGAGAUCAAGAACGAGAGGAUAAAGUAUCGAGAUCCCUGGAAUCUUUCGACAGAAGAAAAUUGAAAAAAUACAGGAGAUCUCGAUCAUCCAGUAGACGAUAACGUACUUAAAUUGCAACAUAUAUGAAUGUUUUAUCUUCUACAUUGACUUGUAUAAUUUUAUUUGUAUCUCUUUUUAAUAAAACUUAUUUUUCCAUAUA